GAAUCAUCAUCCCAACUCCACCACAGACUUUGAGAGAUGGGAAAGAAGAAGAGGCGGGAUGAUGGUGUGGAGGAGACCAAGAUCGCGCGCAUCUACUGCUACUACUGCGAGCGUGUGUUCGACGACGAGAAGGUGCUGAUCAUGCACCAGAAAGCGCGGCAUUUCAAAUGCAAUUACUGCAACAAGAAGCUCUCGACGGCCAGCGGCAUGGUCGUGCACAUUGCCCAAGUGCACCACGAGACGAUUCUUCAUGUUCCGAAUGCCAAACCCGGGAAAGAUUCCGUGGAGGUCGAAGUCUACGGCAUGGAAGGCGUGCCGGGAUACAGCUCCACCAAGACGCCCGCGACCACCAACAUCAUCGACGACCCUGUCAAGCGCAUGCGGGUUGAAGGCGGCCUGAUGCCUCCGCCUCCACCCAUGGUCAUGCAACCACAGCAGAUGAUGCAUACCCCUCCUCCUCGACCUCCUCCCAUGAUGUUUCCCCCACGACCUCCCAUGAUGCACAUGCCUCGUCCUCCAGGAUACCCGCCGUUUGCGGGUGCAGGUCCCGGCGGCGUCGGUCCGCCUCCAAUGCUGCGUCCGCCGCCGCCGCCCCGCGUCCUUCGACCUCCGUUUCCGGCCAUGGGUGGGCCUCCGCCGCGUCCGGGCUUCCUUCCCUCAGGCCCUCCACCGAUGGUUCCAUUCCCACCUGGCAUGCGACCGCCGCCCAUGAUUCCGUUUCCUCCCGGCAUGACCCCGCCGCCGCGCCCCCCUCCUCAUGCACUUCCGACGCCGCCUCUUCCCAGUCCUCCUCAACCUCCAUCCCCCGAGCAUGUCGAGCCGCUUCCGUCCCCUUCGCAUGACUCGCUCGACCUGCCGCUUCCAUUCACCCUGGCGCCACCCCAGCCGGGCAUAAUCCUCAUCUACCCCGAAGAUGACGUUUCCAUGGAAGAGAAGCGCGCGCAUUUGCCCAAGUACCGACCUAUCCCACAGAAAUAACACCUAUUUCUCGUUGCUAAGCAACUCUCGAUAUGUAUAUUCAACCCCCGAUAGUACUACUAGUAGUACCCUUCACAAGACAAACUACCUACGGA